UCCAUCUUCUUUACUGCCUCUUGGUGAAAUCCAGUGAAAAUAUGAUUAUUUAUCUGAGGCGACGAUUCCUCACUUCAACUUGACUCCUACUGGUCCAGCUUUCAUAGGAUCGGUUUCUUUGAUAGAAGUGGAAAAGUAUUGGGUUGAUUUCAGGCCGUUGUUCUGGUGUCCCACCUGUUCUUUUAGUACUGUUUCCUUUUUGUUUCUGGCAAUCAGUCAUCCUGCUCAAUAACUUACAAAGAUUUUGUUUUCAAGAGAAUCUUCUAUAGUAAGUUUCUAGAUUCAGCUAGACGUUUACUUCUGUCUUAUUAAGGAGAAGUACUGGUUUGGCUGGUUUGGGAAUUGCAUCCAAAUUUCUUGCAGUGUGGGUUUCACCCAGGAGCUGCAGAAAACUGGAUUUGGAACUUUGGUGUCAAGAUUUGGAGUUUGAACUCUGAAGUAAGAUUCAGGACAGAAGCUUGGUGAUGUAUCUUCAGAUUUUCAACAACCCAUGUCAUGGCUUAGCUCAUGUAUGCUACUCUAGUCGGGUUUCGUGUAAGGUAAGACUGAGUCGUGUCCUUGCCAUGCCACCGUCUUCAAUCCUCUUGCAUAUGGACGAAAGCAAUGAUCUUCCCAAGCCCAAGAAGGGUUUUUGUCCAAGUGAGGAUUCGAGAAACAGUUUAAACAGUCUUUCUGCAGAUUCUUUGCUUAGGCAGGCUAACACAGUGGGGAUAAUUGGAGGCGUUUCAACUGAUUCCACUCUGAAAUUUGUAAAGAAACUCGUGGAUUGGAGCUCAAAAGAUGGUAAAAGCUCGUUACCCUUUGUGCUGUGCUCGGAUCCUGCACUCAACAAGGAGCUUCUCUUAUACGAGGAAAACUCGUAUCCUUCUCUUUACCAUAGAGCAGAGAGUACUCCGGUGGAUCCAAAGCUAAUUGUGGGGAAUCUAAGGAAUAAGAGGAGAUAUCUUGAGAAAUGUGGAGCUAAAUUAAUCUUAAUGCCCUGUCAUAUUGCACAUAUAUGGUAUGAAGAGGUUUGUGAAGGGAGUUCAGUUCCUCUGCUUCACAUGGGUGAAUGCAUUGCUAAAGAGCUCCAAGAGGCAAAAAUGAAGCCCCUUGAAGCUGGGAAUCCUCUGCGUGUGGGUGUGAUGGCCACUAGUGCCACGUUAUCCGCAGGGUUCUACCAGGAGAAACUUCAAAGCAAUGGAUUUGAGGCAGUGCUUCCAGACAAGGCGACAAUGGAGCACACGGUGAUCCCAUCCAUAGAAGCAAUGAAGAGAGAAGACAUGGAAGGAGCACGGAACCUUCUGAGGAUAGCGUUGCAGGUAUUGCUAGUGCAGGCGGUAAACGUGGUGAUGCUCGGGUCAGAUGAGAUGCGGGACCUCUUGCCAGGGGAUGAUCCUCUGCUAAAGAAGUGUGUUGAUCCAAUGGAUGCACUCGCAAGGUCUGCCAUCAAAUGGGCAGAGAAUCAAUGCUCUUAAGGGAGUUUGUGUGUAUGUUUGUAUAUAUGUGAAUAGAAAUAUAGCUCGGCUGGGGUGAAAUUACCAAAGUGUAAGCCGGCGUUUGAUAGAAAAAUCAAAACCAAAGUCUCAACAUGUAUUGGUCAACACAAGUGUGAACAUGUCUAAAGCAAAAAAAAGUUUGAACAUGUGUUGGCUUGGAUGCAAUGUGUAAUAUCCCUUAUUGUUACAGACAUUUAUUAAUGGAAUAAAAAGAAGAGUUUUGUGAAA